AUGUUAGCUGACAAAACCAGUGCCUAUGUAAAUUAAAGUUCUGUAUAACCUAUAUAAACAAGUAAAAGAGUGGUAAUAAGUAUUUUAUCAUUCUAGUAACUUGAUAUUCAAUAUGUGGCAUAAACCUUCGAAAAAACUCAAUCUAUUAAUAACUUUUAAGAUAUAUUACUAGAUAAUAAAUCUACAGAUUUAAGAAAUUUAAAUACAAAAGUGAAAUUGAGAAAUUAUCUCAGGCUUAUCUAGACAAAUAUUAUUAUGAAUUGAAAUUUGAACAAUAUUAAAAUUUACUUACAUAACAAUAAGGCACAAUCACUAAAUUACUAAAUGAAAAAUAGGAUUUGCUUAGCAGACUAGAAUGUGCAAAAAGUAAUGAAAAAAAAAUUAGUCUGUUAUAAUAAUUAGAAGUUAAAUUUCUUGAAAAUCAAUAAGAAAAACAAUAAUUAAAAAUGAAAUGUCACUUGGUGCUAAUAAUGAGUUACAAUAAUCAUUUUAAUCCUUAAAAUUAAUUUGUUGAAUACAAAGAUAAAUAAAAUAAAUAUUCAAUAAAAUAACAAGUAUUAAUAUCCAAAUUACCUGAUGAUAUUAGAAGUCAAAAAUACUUACAAGAAGUAUGUUCCCAAAUGUAAAUUAUUAGAUUAUAAAAUAAUCAACUUUCUGAAUAAUUAUCUUCUUAUGAACAUAAUUUCUAAAUCAAAUUGUAGGAAAUAUAAGAACAAUAUUUAAUUCAAAAUAAUGAAUUAUAAUAAGACUGCGAAUCUCAUAUUGAGUAAAAAGAAGAAUAAUUGCAUUUAUUAAGAAUGGAACUUGAAAAACAAAAAUCAGAAACUCAAAAACUAUAGAAUGAAAGCAUUUCAUUAUAAAAUUAUAUUUAAUAAUUAACAUAGAAGUAGUUACAAAGAUGA